CAAAACAGAUAGUACGGAUGAAUUGUCAAUGGAGCAAGAUGAACAAAGUAAACAGAAAACUGAAGAUUUUCAACUUAGAGAACUUAUGCAGGGCAUUUCCAGCAUACAGACAACGCUAGCUAAUUUCAUGUUACGACUCGAUGGUCAGGGUAAGCAUCUAGAUGACAUUACAAAAGAAAUUAGAGCCAAAAACGGUAUUCAGGAGAGGCUAGAGAAUGUCCAGGAGCAGGCCAAUGAUACUAUCUACCUCGUAACAGAGUUGCAGGACAAUCAGAAGAAAAUGGAGAGAGAAUUAAAUAGAUUCAGAGAUUACGUGGUUAAGCUUGAAUAUCGUGUGAACACGCAAAAUAGCCAAAUUAUCGACCUAAAAUCAAGAUCAAUGGAGAACAAUAUUAUUAUCAGUGGUUUGGAGGAAAAAAGUCCCGAGAAAAAGUCCCCGGAAAAUCUGGCUAAUAUCCUUAGAAAUGUUUUCACCUCUGAAAUGGGGAUGAAAGAGGCAACAGUAAACGAACUCAGAAUAAACAAACUGUUCCGCAUGGGAGAGUAUGAUGUACAAAGAAAGUUCCAGAGACCAAUCUGUGUACAAUUCCGUGAUAAGACUCAAAAAGACCUUGUGAUGAGGCAUAUUAAACAUAAGUAUGCGGAACGCAGUAUCGAGUCAAAAAUCAAGGGUGAUAAACUUGUAUUCACUCAAAGCAACUCAAUUUACCGGGAGAAAGUUGGACCUUUGCCUACAGCAGAUGAAGUGAUCACAAAUGACGUGGUAAAUACUGCCGUUAGUACAGGAAAGUCAAUCGAAGAUAACGGGAACCGCUUCAUAGCACACGCUACGCAGGUCGACUCCUACAAACAAAUCAAGAAAUCGCUGGUGGAUAUCAUGCAUGUCGAGACUGUGCCAAGUCCGAGUAACAAUAUUUAUGCCUACUGUUUCUCAAGUGACGAUGGAGAGCAUGGAGAGCAUGGAGCGGGUAGGUUGUUAUUAAAAACACUAGCCGAUAACGAAAUUAACAAUGCACUCGUAGUUGUGUCAAGAUGGCACGGAAACAACAUCGGACCCCGUCGCUUCUCGCAUAUUAAGGAAGUAGGUCUCGGUGCGGCAAAGAAGUUACCAGUCUCAGUUUGA